AUGGCAUCGUCUGACCUUCCGCCCAUCAUGUUAGACCACCUUUACUCCAUGGAUGACAAUCUCAAAGCAGAAGGGCCGCUCUUGUUGCUUGAAGAUGCCCGUGAGAAUCCCGUUGUUGGUGAUGAGCCAUCCCCUGAAACCACUCCCGUAAUUGAACCUGGCUCCAUAUCCCGAUGCUGCAUUGAAAAGGCCUAUUUCCAGCUGUUCCCUUAUUCUUCCAAUACCCUUGUAGCAUCAGUAAGGGUUGGUCAAAAUGGGUCGAUCGUGAGCGGCGGGAUCCAUCCACAUGCAACAUUUUGCGCAGGGCACAGGUCCUAG